AGAAAGUGUUCGAGCUGGAGGUUAGAGUUGUGUGUGAUCAAUUUAGCAUUUAUGUAUUUAAUUCAGUAUAAGAGAGUUUAGGGACUUUACUCUUAUUCUUAUAUCUGGAAAGGAGUGCAAUGGCGUGCGUAUAUGACCAUGUAAAACUGUUGUAUGACCAACAGCUGUACUCAAAUGUUGUUGCUCUUGGAGGACUUGUUCUGACUGUUAAUGACCAUGCAUCAGACUCACCACUUUUGCCUUCAAGACUUCAAUCUUAUACCUGCUAUGCUGAAUCACUUUUCCAAAGUGGUCAGUUUAAAAAGGCAGAGAAGGUUUAUAAGAAAUUGCAGCAAAUCAAAAAGUCAGUAUUAAAAUCAAAAUCAGGUGCAACAUCUGGUCAAAAUAACAAGACACAGUCCCAGUCCUCUCCGCAGUCUGAAGCCCAACGAGAGUGUAUGAGUGAUGUUGAUAUUAAAUAUCAGCUCCACCUAUGUUUAGUUCAACAACGGCAGCAUCCUGCCGCUAUGAAUAUUUUAAAAACUAUACCAGCCAAUCAAAGGACAGCAAAAGUUCAUAUGGCUUUAGGGAAAUUGUUUCAUGAACAAGGAAAUUGUCGAGCUGCUAUAGGAGCAUAUAAAGAAGUUUUAAGGGAAUGUCCCUUAGCAUUAGAAGCAGCCGAGGGUUUGCUACAGCUUGGAAUGAAAGGUAUAGAAGUCAAUGCUCUUAUGCUGGAUGGUAUGUCCUCUCUUAACUGUCAGGUUGACUGGUUGAACAAUUGGGUCAAGGCUCAUGCCCAUUUGCACAGUCAAGAAUAUACACAAGCAAUUCAAGCCUUCCGACAGCUUGAUGAAAGAACAGCACUUAGUGAUAAUGUAAACAUACUUGUGCCUCUCGGAGAAAGUUAUUAUUAUUAUGGUGAUAAUACAAAUGCGGCCUUAGUCCUUCAAAGAGCUCAUGCAAUGGAACCUCUUCAGAGAGGGCUUGAUAUUCUUAGCUGCAUUCUUUCGAAGGAACGCCAGAUGCGCGAGCUACAAAGAUUAGUAGCCCCUCUGCAAAUGGCUACAGACAUCAAUGGUCCUGAACCAUGGAUUGCUUUGGCUUAUAGUCUUUUUGCAGCUGGCAAGCAUACUAAAGCUGCAUAUUUUGCUCAGAAGGCAUAUUUAAUUGCUCCUCGGCAUAUAGAGGCCUUAUUACUGAAAGGACAAAUACUUAUUGAAUUGAAGAAGCAUCCUGAAGCAGUUACCCAUUUUAGAGAAGCCCAACAAAUUUGUUGCCAUCGAUAUGAGCCUCACAAGGGUCUUGUUGAUUGCUAUAUUGCUAUGCACCGGUUCAGAGAGGCACUGACUAUUGCAUGCACAGCAGUUAAGCAGUUAGGACAAACUCCACGGUCACUUACGUUAUAUGCAUCUGUUCUUAUGAAGGAUUCCGUUAAUGUUUCAAAAGCAAAAACACUCCUUGAAAAGGCCUUGCAGAUGGACCAGUUUUUCCUCCCUGCUGUGUAUUUAUUAGCUGAACUCUAUGAACAGGAAAUGACACUAGAACUAGCUAUAGCCCUCUUAGAGAAACAAGUGGAACUUAGACCAACUUGCAAGCUCCAUCAGAUGCUUGGUGAUUUGCUUGCUCGAGUUCAUGAAGAAGAGAAAGCUUUGGAUCAUUAUGCCAUUGCCCUAAACUUGGAUCCCAACAAUAGAAGAGCACUUGAGGGUAUGCACCGCAUUGAUAGCUCAGCUGGGAAAUUGGAUUCAUCGUAUUAUAUGCCUGUCGGGGAGGAAGAGAAUACAGACACCACUUAUGAUGCUGGUGUUGAUGUUGCAGACUCUGAUAAUGAGUUUGAAAUUUCAGAAUGAGGUGGAUGAGAGUGACCCAGAUGCAGGCUGGUCUGACUUGGAUAUUGGAAUACACUGAUGGCGGCGCAAUCUUUAUACCAACUUGUGUUCUGAAUAUUGUACCCUGUAUUGUGCAAGCUGCCUGCAUUUUAUUAAAUAUUAUUUUCUUUUUAAA